AUGGCUUCUGCACGUGCCAUGCUCGUGCUCGCCCUCUCUCUUCUUGCUCUUUUCUCCUCUUCCAUUGCUCAAUCUCCUUCCCCUGCUCCAGGUCCCGCCUCCGCCGCCGCACCGCCGCCGUCAAGCCCCCCGCCGGUUGCAGCUCCCCCAACUACACCUCCCCCUGCAGCCUCACCGCCGCCAACCAUCUCAACUCCACCGGCGGCGGCUCCUCCCGCCAUCCCACCGAUGAUGGCUUCUCCACCGUCUAUGGAGUCAAGCCCAGGCCCAGGCCCAAUGCCCGACAGCCCACCAUCACCUCCAGGUCCAAGUCCAAGCCCAAUGUCUAUGUCUCCGCCGACUCCGGCGCCAGCUCCAUCGCCGCCGUCUCCUCCGCCGCCGAGCGCGGGAUUUUCUAUCCACCAGGGUGGUUACAAGGCGGCUGCUGCGGCGGUGUUGGGUGGCCUAGCCGUCUUCUUGGUUUAA